ACGUGCGCGCUGCGGGCUCGGGGCCGGGGCGGAGCGUGAGCCGGGCGCGCCCCCGCGGGCAUGGCGGCCCCGACCAGGAGGGAGAGGCAGGUGUGCUGGGGCGCGCGCGACCGCUACUGGCGCUGCCUGGACGAGAACGCCGAGGACGCGGCCCGCUGCCGGGCGCUCCGGAGCUCCUUCGAGGACAGCUGCCCCGCGCAGUGGAUCAAAUACUUUGAUAUAAGAAGAGACUACUUGAAGUUUAAGGAAAAAUUUGAAGCAGGUGAAUUUGAGCCUUCAAAUCAACUGCAAAUUCCUAGGCUGUUCUUGAACUUUCUGCAAGGAUUGAAGCGAUUCUUCCUGCUCAUUCAACGCUGCUGUGCGGCGUCCAGGACGGCAUGAAUUGGGGUUUGCCCGGCGCUGCAACCUGUGUAUAGAGAGCACUCAGGAACCAGGGUGACCAGGAGCAGCCACGUCUUUCAAACGAUGAAGAACUGAAGGACCACAAAUAGGCUUAACCUUCAUCUACAAAGAAAUUGAUUUUGAGAAAAAAAGUAAAGCCUAUUAUAAAAACA